AUGGCAAGCCGAACGUUGCGGAUAGCCCUCAUUCCUGGCGACGGUAUCGGUCGUGAAGUAAUUCCGGCCGGUAGACGCAUUCUAGAGUCGCUUCCCUCGUCUCUGGGCUUAAACGUCUCCUUUGUCGACCUCAAUGCCGGGUUCGAUUGCUUUAAGCGCACGGGAACGGCGCUGCCAGACAAAACGGUCGAGACUCUGCAAAAAGAAUGUAACGGCGCCUUAUUUGGGGCUGUGAGCUCCCCAACAACCAAAGUCCAAGGCUACACCUCGCCAAUCGUGGCCCUCCGCAAGAAACUCUCCCUUUACGCCAAUGUCCGCCCCUGUAAAACUACUCUUUCCCCUGCAUUUCCAUCGGCCGUUCCGCAUCCCAUCGACAUGGUCAUCGUGCGCGAAAACACUGAAGACCUCUACGUAAAGGAGGAGAGGACGUAUAGCGAUGGCGAAGGAGGGGAGAUCGCCGAGGCGAUCAAGAGGAUAUCGAGCAAAGCGAGUUGGCGGAUCGCAAACAUCGCGGGCGAAAUCGCGUUGCGGCGACAGCGGAUGAGGGAUCAGCAGGGUUCGCCAGAGAGAAAGCAAAGCAUGGUCACAAUCACCCACAAGUCGAACGUCCUCUCUCAAACGGACGGUCUCUUCCGCUCCACCGCCCGAGAAUGUCUUUCUCAGCCACGAUUCUCGUCCCUGAAAAUCGAGGAGCAGAUCGUUGACAGCAUGGUGUAUAAGCUGUUCCUUCAACCACAGUACUAUGACGUUAUCGUCGCCCCUAAUCUGUACGGGGAUCUACUCAGCGAUGGGGCCGCCGCUCUGGUCGGCUCACUUGGUCUCGUACCCAGCGCCAACGUCGGUGAGGGCAUCAUCAUAGGCGAACCGUGUCACGGAUCCGCGCCAGAUAUAGAGGGAAAGGGCAUCGCCAACCCGAUAGCGACCAUAAGGAGCGUGGGCGUCAUGCUGGAGUUCUUAGACUUGCCCGAGGCUGCGCAGGUCGUGUACAAUGCAGUGGAUGCGUCUUUGCAAGAGGGCAAGUUUGUGUCUCCGGAUUUGGGCGGGAAGGCAACGACGAAGGAGGUGGUGGAUGACGUCGUUAAGAGGCUCUAG